GCACUCCCACUUGCUCGUAAUUUGCGGGUAUCUCGUAUUUGCACAACUUGAAGCCUGCGAUAUCUGAACAUUUCUAUCAUUACACUUUGCAGGUGACUGUUUGAUCUUUCUCAUUUUUCUCACUGUGCUGCAUAAACUGGUGGGGAUACCAACUGAUCGUUGACGGGACUUUCCUCAGAACUGUCUGACUUUGGGUUUCGAGCACAGAAUUCUUCUCAAAGAGCUGACAUCGAUUUAUUUGAAAUUGGAAUUGCAACUAUGAAAAAGCGCUCCAGUGACAAGCAGCCCGGACUUGAGAUCCAGGAAGGGAAAGAUGAUGCCUUUGUGUGUUAUGGGUAUCACCGAAGUAAAGCAUGGACGUGGCUGAGCUAUACUUUGUGUGUCUGCACCGUAGGACUCGCAGCUCUUGUCUUCUACUGGAAGCCUGAUUGGUGGAUUAAGUUCACGUGUUGGGUUUGUGAUCUCAGGGAGGCUGACAAAAUCAUCAUAAAGGAUAUCUAUCAACGUUACCACGUUUGCCAAAUUCGGACAAUGGAAGUAAACUCAAAGAGUGUUUGUGGACCAAGUAGUCUAAAGAAAUUGUUACACCGCGAUGUCGUGAUUGACGGUGUGUUGAAGUACUUGAAAUUUCAGAAAGUUCGUUAUAUGUGGGACCCAAAAGAAGAAACAUUCUUUAAGCUCAGAGUUCUCGAUGGCGCCAACAGCUGUUCCGAAUUUUAUGACAUGUUGCAGAACGGUCUGACUGAGAAAGAAGCAAACAAAAGGCGAUUCCUGUAUGGCUACAACAAAAUUAGCAUUCGUGUUCGUCCAAUCAUUAUUCUGCUCAUCCAAGAGGUUUUGAAUCCCUUCUAUAUCUUCCAGCUUUUUAGCAUCGGGGUGUGGAUUUCUGAUGAGUAUUAUUACUACUGCGGAUGCAUCUUUCUUAUGUCUGCUGUGUCUAUCACAGUGGCGUUGUAUACAACCAGAAAGCAAAGCAUAACGCUGAGGGACAUGGUUGAGUCCAACACAACCGUCGAAGUGCUGAGGAAAAGCGGAGAUUGUAUCAAAGUACCGGAAGACCUACUGGUGCCUGGUGACGUCAUGGUUCUUCCUCCUGAAGGCUGCGUGAUGACAUGUGAUGCAGUGUUACUGACCGGCAACUGUAUCGUCAACGAGAGUAUGUUGACGGGUGAGAGUGUUCCGGUGACCAAGACUCCGUUGCCUUGCGUCAGCGGAUCAGACGGUGAGGAGGACUCCGGAUACAAUGCAGACAAACAUAAACGCCAUACGCUGUACUGCGGAACGCACAUAAUACAGACACGCUACUAUGGCGGCGAGAUGGUUAAAGCGGUCGUCGUACGAACGGGAUUUUCGACUGCUAAGGGUAACCUGGUGCGCUCCAUUCUCUACCCUAAACCAAUGGAUUUUAGCAUGCUGAAAGACGCGUUGCUCUUUCUUUGUGCACUCUCCACAUUUGCUGUCAUUGGCUUUACUUACGGAAUCAUCAUUUUUGUCCAAUCUGGCUACGAUGGGGGUUACAUCGCCAGACGCGCUCUGGAUGUCAUCACAAUUGCUGUGCCACCUGCUCUACCUGCCUCCCUUACCAUUGGCAUGCUGUUCGCUCAGCUUCGUCUGAAAUCCAAAGGUAUCUUCUGCAUCAGUCCACAGCGGAUCAACACGUGUGGAUCUCUGAAUGUCGUCUGCUUCGAUAAGACUGGUACCCUUACCGAAGACGGCCUUGACUUGAUGGGAGUCCAGCUUGCUGGAAGCGGGACUUUUGGUGAACUCAAGACAUCUGUUGCCGACGAUACCACUGAACACCAUCUUGCUGCCAUGGCAACGUGUCACUCUCUGACCAUCAUCAAUGGAGAAUUAAGUGGUGACCCCAUUGACCUGAAGAUGUUUCAAGCCACGGGAUGGGACUUGGAGGAACCCACCAGCAAGGAGAGUACAAACUUCGACAUACUGGUACCCACCAUCGUGCGGUCACCAUUUAAAGCAGAUGAGCGUGAGAUAGGUGUCCUGAGGCAAUUCCCGUUCUCCUCCGACCUUCAACGGAUGAGUGUGAUCACGCGCACUCUGAGUGAAGAAACCAUGCGACUCUACGUCAAAGGAUCUCCAGAAAUGAUAGCGUCUCUCUCCAAGUUGGCAACCAUUCCUGCCAAUUUUCAAGACCAACUCAACUCAUACACCCAAGAUGGAUUUCGAGUGCUUGCCUUGGCUACCAAAGAGCUCGAUCCAAAUCUCACCUGGCAUAAAGCACGACAAAUAAACAGGAGCCAAGUGGAGAAUGACCUGAUAUUCCUGGGCCUACUGAUCAUGCAGAACAAGCUUAAACCAGAGACCAAGCCGGUCAUCCAAGAGCUUCAAGCCGCUGGUAUCAGAACAGUCAUGGUAACAGGGGAUAACAUCUUGACAGCGAUCAACGUUGCUCGUAAAUGUGACAUGAUACCAGCGGGUGAAGACAUUGUCAGAGUGGAGGUAGAGGAGAAUAACGAAGGAAAUAAACUGCGUCUUACUCGGCUGACAGGAUACAAGGAGAAGAAGACGAGUGGUCAGGAUCACCUUGACGAUGGAGACAGUGAGGAGAUCUGCGUUCAGAUUGAACCCACAGUUGGUUGUAGGACGCAUUACGCAAUUGAUGGCAAGUCUUUCCAAGCAGUCAGCGAACUAAACACCGACGCCAUGGCAACGCUUGCUGUUCAAGGCACGGUCUUUGCUCGAAUGACACCAGAUCAGAAAGCUCAACUUGUUGAGUCUCUCCAAGACUUGGAGUACCGGGUUGGUAUGUGUGGCGAUGGAGCUAAUGACUGCGGAGCGUUAAAGGCAGCACACGCUGGAGUGGCACUGACAGAAACAGAGGCCUCCGUAGCUUCACCAUUUACGUCCAAAAUACAAAACAUAUCCUGCAUUCCUACAUUGAUCAAAGAUGGUAGGGCUGCGUUGGUGACGUCAUUUGGUAUGUUCAAGUUCCUGGCUCUAUACAGCAUGAUUCAGUUCAUCACCGUCAUCAUCUGUUACUCGUUUCAGUCCAAUAUGAGUGACUUCAUGUUCAUGUAUGCCGACAUUUUUGUCUGCACAACAGUUGUUCUCUUCAUGGGACGAAAUGACGCUUACCACGCCAUUGCAGCCAAGAAGCCGCCGAGUAAACUGGUUAUCUUCCCCCUGAUCUUCUCAGUGGUAGUUCAAGUCGCUAUUCAGGCAGCCUGCCAAGUGGCCAUCUUCUUCAUUCUACAGGAGCAACCAUGGUUUGUUCCUCUGGUUCCCGAACAAAACUCCAAGAACCUGGUGGCCUGGGAAACGACAUCUGUAUUUCUGGUGUCAAUGUUUCAGUAUUCCACAGUUGCCAUCAUCUACACGCCCAGGAAACCCUAUCGGAGAGCCAUCUAUACCAAUUAUUUGUAUCUGGUUGACUUGAUCAUAAUCCACGCAUGUAGUCUGGUUAUUCUCUUCUAUCCGCCCACGGCGAUUGAAGAUCUUUUUCAGUUGAAGCAUAUCCCCAGCUUUCGCUUCAAGGGGAUCAUUUUUGGCGUGGUAUUGCUCAACUUCGUCUUAUCUGCCUUGGUAGAGCUCAUCCUCGUUCCCAGCGGUACAAUAAUGAGGUUUCUGUCUUGUAAACGCUUCCGUAAAGUCUCCCUACCAGCUUAUGAAGAGCUAAAGAUGAAACCAGUCGGGUUGAGCGACAAUUCCUAAGGAUGAAUGGCGGUUAAACUUGAUUUCGUAAAGUGUCCUUCGACUUCCAUGCAGGUUUUGCGUUCAGGCUGCUUUGCUCCUUGCGAUUGCGGUUGUCACGUUCAUCAAAUCGGUCGCUUGCUCAUGACCUCAAUUUCGCCGCACGGAGAAGGGGCACUCAGUAGUGGCGUUGGCAUGGUAACGCAUCGUCGACGUCAUUUCUCCCUUUGUUGUUCAUGCACGUGCCAAUGAAGUAUAUACAGUACUGUAAUAUUUAACAACGGUAACGCAGGUGUCUUCCGGAAAAGAAAACUUGUGAUGUUUGCGCUCUUGUACGUGCAGAUAUAGGAACAUGGAACACCCCUUUUCAGUGUUACGACCGUCGAAUUGAUCUUACGUUCUGCGACAUGGUAAAAUUGUCACACUCUGUUGACACCAAGUGUAUGCAUUAAUGAAAAGUAAGUGAGGCUUCAUCUGACACUACCUGGUGUAUCAUGUCGGAGACCACUUUAAAUUUCAUAGUUGAUUCAAAAGCAAGAUGAAUAUUAAAGUUACGCAACCGUCGCCCAUAGAGAUGAUGAUCUCGCAAAGGAACUCUAAGGAAAUGAGAUGAAGAAAAGGAAUUGUUGCGUGUUCAUAGUUAUGCAAGUUUGGUUUGUCCUUGGAAACCAAGACUUUACAAAUGACUUUAACAGAGCCUUUUAUCUUGACGUGAAUGAACUGUUAUGAAAUUGACUGUGAUGUCCUUACGUUUGCAUUCUUUAUCAGGAUCCAGUGAUGUCAGUUGAUUUCAUGUUUUUCAAAUGGUGGUAAAUCAUGUUUGUCUGCGUUCAUUGUUGAAUUACCUGAGGUAUGCAGGUUAAUAAACGACACAUGAUGUUUUUGUAGUUACAAAUAUCAGGUGAUCGAGUGAUACAGUUUUUUGGUUUGAUGUAUGCCACAAAAUUUUGACGUGUGUUAUAGGAAAACGUAGUUAAUUUCGGUAUUUAUCAAGAUGACGUCUUUGAAGUACUUGUACACAGAAGUCAAAUAAAGAAGAAAGUGAUCAUGUCUAUGUUGUUUGUCUUCUAGGAUGGUGACGUCCUGUUUAAAAAAGUAACAAAAUUUAUUUGUGUCUAUAUUUUGAUAUCAUUC